AUGACUCGCUCGGCCCUCUUGCCUAUCUUCCUGGCGCUUCUCUUUCCCUCGCCCGCUCAAUUCCCUCCCUUGCCACUCUGGCGCGCUCCAUGCUGUAUGCCAAACCACUGCCUCCUCCUUUGCUCCUGCGGUGAUCCUAUCCCGCCUCCCUUCACAUCUCCUCUGCACCCAUCCUUGCUCCUGUCUGCCCCCAUUGCCUCUUUGGCGAGUAACGUGCCAGUGCCCAUCCUUCCCCUUGCCUUCCGCAUUUCAGGUCAGGCGACCGUUCCUCGGCCCUUGACCUCCCAUCGUACUGCCGUCUCGUCCCCGAUCGGGCGAGCGAGACCCGCCUCCCCACCUUCCCUCAUGGCGCUGACGUAUUCCUGGGCGAGCGCGAGCCGACUCCCCGCCUCUCGUCACAAUGCUGGCAUGGAUCUGGCGAACGCGAGCCGUCUCCCUGCCUCCUGUCACGAUGCUGACGCGGAUCUGGCAAACGCGAGCCGCCUCCACGCCUCCCGCCACGAUGCUGACGCGGAUCUGGCAAACGUGAGCCGCCUUCCCGCCUCCUGGCACGAUGCUGACGCGGAUCUGGCGAGCGCGAGCCGCCUCCCCACCUCUCGUCAUGAUGCUGGCGUGGAUCUGGCAAACCCAAGCCGCCUCCCCGCCUCCCUUCACGAUGCUGACGCGGAUCCGGCAAAUGCGAUCCGCCUCCCCGCCUCCCGUCACAGCGCUAACGCAGAUCGGGUGAGCGUGCCCCGCCGCUGCGCCUCCCAUCUUGGGUCCGACGCAGAUCUGGCGACCGCAGUCCGCCUCUGCUCUUCUCUCCGACACGCACCUGAUGUCCGGACACAUGCGAUUCUUUACGCAGCUGGUUUCGCGCACCGCUUGUUCCAUCCGCCUCCUCCUUGCCUGACUAUGCCAUCUCGCCUACCUGCGUAG